AUGAGGAUGUCCGGCAAAAGGAGGCGGAGUUUUAAAUGUGCCAUUCAUCACAGGGACAAAGAAGUUAACAGCGAAAACGAUUUUCAUAUUAUAUUCCAAGAACCAACUUUACACCAAAAAAUGGUACGUCUAGUGGCAGAGGAGUUCUUGACGGACGAAAGAGAUCGGAAAUAUUAUGCAGACAAUUAUCGCUGUUGCCCACCGCCACUCUUUAUACUACUCAUUACAAUUUUUGAGUUGGGAACCUACCUAUAUUACUACUCUCUAACUUUGGGUUCUACACCUGCUCCCGGUGACAUAUGGGCAUCAGUCGCCGCUCCUGUGCCAAUGGACAGCGUGUUCAUAUAUAGACCUGACAAACGACAACAAUUGUGGAGAUUUAUGUUGUACAUGUUCUUACAUGUUGGUUGGGUCCAUCUGAUAUUCAAUUUGACUGUCCAAUUGCUUGUGGGUCUUCCAUUAGAAAUGGUGCACGGUUCACUCCGAAUAGGGGUUGUGUACAUGGCUGGUGUGUUAGCAGGUUCCUUGGGUACGUCGGUAUUUGAUAGUAACGUGUAUCUGGUCGGUGCUUCGGGUGGAGUGUAUGCUCUAUUGGCUGCUCAUUUAGCUAACGUUAUGUUGAAUUACAACAACAUGGAAUUCGGAGUGUUUCGGUUGCUUGGCAUACUGUUCAUCGCCAGCGUAGACGUCGGAUUCGCCGUGUACUGCCGUUACGCCUUCGAACCAUCGUCGAACGCCCCUCCCGUCAGCUACGUCGCUCACAUAGCUGGUGCGCUGGCCGGUCUCACCAUCGGUCUGCUGGUGUUGAAAAACUUCGAGCAAAAGCUCCACGAGCAGCUGAUAUGGUGGUUCGCGCUCGGGGUGUACGCAAUUUGCACACUGUUCGCGGUCGUGUACAACGUGAGCCAUCCCUGUUGA